CAGUUCUCUCCUCCUUUUUCUUCUUCUUCCCUCUUUAGUUCGUUCGUGGAAGCAAAGCAGGAGGAAGGAUGGAGGAGGAAUGUGGAGAUAAAGUGAUGAUGUCGACGUUGAUUGAAUAUGGGGUUUCGAUCCCCGGCGAUAUCUCAUCGGUGUCUCAGUUUACAUCGGAGGCUCUGACGUCGAUCUGCGCUCAGUUGCUUAAUCUCAUCGACCCGUCAUUGUGGAGUGAGGAGAUGCCUAUUGUAGAUGAUUCUCUUCCGGAAAGGUAUAUGAUCUUCUGCACUGAUAUCGCUCUCUCCGUCAAGAACCUUGGCUACAUGGGCGACAUUACUUAUCAUAAGUUUCUGCAUCCCUCUCAAGAUGACUCUUUUAGGUUGCUUAGUUUCUUACUUGAGAGGCUUUCCGAGAUCAAACAAGGACUCAAAGGUGAUGAUGAUGAUAUCGCUAGCACUAGCACUAGCACUAGCAGGCCAAAAGUGGAGGAGACUUUCAGAGAUGACACCUUUGAUAUGCAUAUACAGAGGGUUGAAGCUGUCCUCAAACAUCUUACCAUGACUCCUCAAGUCUCUCUUGCAGAAAAAGCUUCAGCAGCAGAUGGUUCUGACUUCUUCUCCCUAAAGACACAUGACCCUGUUACUGAUGAACCCUCAUUGAGACAGUCAUCUGGAUAUGAAGAACCUUCUUCUAUACACCCCUCUGACUCUGAGGUACUGACAAAUUAUGAGUCUCUUGAGUUACAGAAUCAACAUAACUUACUCUUGGAGCAACUUGAAUCUGGAUCAUCAGAGCUACGCUGUCUUGACACUGAGUUGGAGCUGUUGACCAUGGCUGCGGAGAGGUUAUUGGAUGAAAAACAGCCUGUUGAUGGGUUAUAUCUCAAACAGCUUAAUGAACAACUAUUGCUCAAAAGGUGCAAUAUCGUGGAUCUGAAAAAGCAAUGGGAUCAUGUAAGGCUGACUUUGGAAGCUAAAAAGCUAUGUCUUUUGGACCAACUUCAUGUGGAGGAGCCAGAGGCAAAAGAGAAGUUCCAUAAGUUGAAAAAGACUGAACUUGAUCUACAGUCUAUCUCAUCAGAAAUUCAAAAGAGGGAAGAGGAACGAUGUAACCUAUACAGUGAACUCGAGAAGCAGCCAAAAGCAACGUCACGGAAGUCUUAUAUUCAUGGGAUUAAAGAAAUAACUAAAAAUAGCCGCAAAUUGGACAGUGACAUUCAGAGGAUUUCAGGGGAGACUAGGGAUCUACAAUUAGAGAGUAACUCCAUCCGAGAACGUUUGCACCGAUCAUAUGCUGUUGUGGAUGAGAUGGUUACAAGGGAACUGAAAAAGGAUCCAGCCAUACGACAGGUGUACAAGCUAGUGACCAGUAUCCACGGUAUUUUUGAGCAAAUAUCUGAAAAGAUCCUCAUGACUGAUCGGUUAAGAAGGGAAGCAGUUGACUGCGAGAAGAAGUUGGGUUCCAUCAAAAGUCGGGGCAUGAGUCUGGAGAAAUUGCAAGCCGACCUCGAUGCUAUCAGGCAAGAGAACGAAAGUCUUGAAAAACAAUUAAAUUAAUGUGGUUUCUAAUACAUCAUCACUGAAAGAAACAUACAGCCUAGAGUAUUUGGAGUUAUCAGAGAGCCUUCUGUUAUUGUGCUUUCGAACUGUUUGUUUCACAGAGAAAGAGUAUCUUUUUUUUUCUUUCUGAAGACUAAAGAGAAACCAAAAGCUGAUUCAGCUAACUCAUUUCUGAUAUAUAUAUGUUCGAGUAUUUGAGAAAGAAGUAAAUUAAUGUGGUUUAUAAGUUUA